GUGAAGGCUCCUGGACAUGUGCACAUUACAGGUGCUUUGGCGUGAUGUCUCCGGUGCUCGGAUAGGAUGAUCCGCGGAAACGGCGCAAAAUGUUCCUGCAACUUGUAAUCGUGCUCAUCUCAGGUUUAUCACCGCUGGCUGCUGUUCACCUAACGACCCCAGAAGUGUCUCCCCUUGAAUCCAGCUAUGUCCUGUACAAGAGUACUUCAGAAAUCACGUGUACCGUUAUGGGGAAGGAGUGUCUCAAUGGCGGCACAUGCUACAUCAACGGUCAGGGAGCUUUUGCAUGCAGCUGCCCUCCUGGAUUUGUGGAGCCAUUCUGUCAAAUCAGCAAUCCCUGCCACAGCUCCCCCUGUCAGCAAGGGGGCAUCUGCCAACUUCAGGGAGCAGGAGAGGAUUACACCUGUCUGUGCCGUCAAGGGUUUGAAGGGCAGCACUGUGAGCUGGAAACCGACGAGUGCCUCAGCUCCCCCUGUCAUAAUGGUGCCAGCUGCCAUAACACCUUUGGGGGCUUUGUGUGCAUUUGUGACUCUGGCUGGGAGGGCCCUCUGUGCAACCUUCGUGUGAAUGCCUGCCUCUCUGAUCCCUGCUACAACGGGGGCACCUGUGUCCUCAAGCCAAAUGGCCACUUCAUCUGCAGUUGCCUGGUAGGAUUUGCUGGACUCACUUGUGAGAUCAACAUCGACGACUGCGCCAAUCAUCAAUGUAACCAAGAAAGUGCCCGGUGUGAGGAUGGCAUAGGGACAUAUCGUUGUGUCUGCAACGAGGGCUUCACUGGCAUCUUCUGUACGGAAGCCAUGGACAGGUGUUUAUCAUCCCCUUGCCUGAAUAACGGCGUCUGCAGAUCUGUUCUGGACGACUAUGUCUGCGAUUGUCAAACUGAGCCCUUGUUUUACAUUGGGAAAAACUGUGAAGAUCUUUAUAAUGCCUGUGCCAAUCAGCCAUGUCAUACCUCCAGGAACUGUACAAGUGAGCCAGGCAAGGCAGAAUUCAGCUGUGGGUGCCCCCUAGGAUUUGCGGGAGCAGACUGCACCAUCAACAUCAACGAAUGUGAGAGCAAUCCCUGCCAGGGAUAUCAGACCGAAUGUGUGGACGGGGUCAACGGGUACACCUGUCAGUGCCCUAAUGGCUACACGGGCGAGGACUGCCAGGCAGCUAUAAACAACUGCUCUGCAGGACCCUGCCGAAAUAAUGCCACUUGUGUAGAUGUGCCCGGUGGCUACCAGUGUAGAUGCCAGGCAGGUUUCCAAGGACAGCACUGCGAGGAAAACAUUGAUGAAUGCCAAUCAAGCCCUUGCAAGAAUGGUGCCAUCUGCUUGGAUGGUCUAAAUACCUACUGGUGCUUUUGUGUGCCUGGCUUCCAGGGGUACAACUGCGAGAUUGACAUCAACGAGUGCGCCUCCCGGCCGUGUGAGAAUAACAGCACCUGCGUCAAUGAGAAGGACCAUUACAUGUGCAUGUGCCAACCGGGGUACACAGGCGUGAACUGUGAAGUGGAGAUCAAUGAAUGUGAAUCUUCUCCCUGCCAGAAUGGAGCCUCUUGCAUGGACUAUGUCGACUUGUUUUUGUGCGUCUGUCCAGAGGGUUAUGAGGGCUCACUCUGCGAAAUUAACAUCGACGAAUGUGCCAGACAGCCGUGCCAGAAUGGAGGCACCUGUCAGGAUGCUGUUAAUGGGUAUCACUGUGACUGCCAUGAAACGGGAUUUGUGGGGGACGCCUGUGAAAUUGACAUUCCCGAGUGCUCGUCUAACCCUUGUGCUAACAACGGGAGCUGCCUGGAGGGAAUUAACGGCUAUUCCUGCCAGUGCUGGUCAGGCUAUGAAGGCCAUCAUUGUGAAGAAGACAUCGAUGACUGUGCAGCAGAGCCAUGUGCCAAUGAGGGACAGUGUUAUGAACGCUCCAACCAGACCUACUAUGGCAAGAUAGAAGAGUUGAGUGAAAGCUUCAGCUAUCACACAGCUGCUGGCUAUGUGUGCCACUGCCAGCCGGGGUUCGCAGGUGAGAACUGCUCCAUCAACAUUGACGAGUGUGCUUCCAUGCCUUGCCAGAAUGGUGGCAGCUGUAAGGAUGGAAUCAGAGAAUAUGCCUGCCUGUGCCCGCCUGGAUUUACAGGAUUUGUAUGCGAGACAGACAUUGAUGAAUGCCAAAGCAACCCUUGCAAGAAUGGAGGUAUAUGUAAAGAUGAGACGGCGGACUAUCUUUGCCACUGUCCACCACCACAUAAGGAUGAUCUGCCCUGGGGAGGGAAAAACUGUGACAUUGAGUUAUCAGGCUGUUUGGAGAACCAGUGUAAAAAUGGUGCAAUGUGCAUACCCACAUUUAAAGAUGGGGUGCAUAAUUACCACUGCCAAUGCCCGCCAGGUUUUUAUGACCAAUUUUGUGGAACCUCAACUACGUUUUCCUUCGCUAAAGGAGGAUUCAUUCUUAUUGACACCUUGCAUUCCAACAGAAGCAGAAGAGGUUUGGAUCAGGCCAGUAUGUGGGUCAGCUUGCGUUUCAGAACCACUUUGACGGACAUGAUAAUAUUUUACUGGGGAACAUCGUCCAGCUUUCUAAACUUGGAAAUUAUAAAUGGGCUCCUUCAAGCGGAGGCUCACAUUGAUGGCUUGAGUACCAAUUUGUCAUUAGCAGAAUAUGUCAGUGAUGGAGAGUGGCAUCAAGUGACAGUGAAUAUGAGCGAUGAUUUUAAUGGAUUAAGCCUUUGGAAUAAAAACUGUGAGGACAAAUCGGAUGGAUGUUAUGCAGAAGUCCCCAUGAGGUCACACAGCCACCUGAAAGGUGACUUCAGGAUGAUUUCCAUGGGUGGGGCAAUAGAUGAGUUUCUGGACAACACUGUCAGCAGGACUAAUUUUACAGGGUGCAUUGAAGAUGUGCUCAUCAAUUCCCAGCCACUUCUCCCUGAAAGCCUUGCCAAGGACGCAUCGUUUGGCAUGGAGCUUGGAUGCCACAAAACGGAAUGGUGCAAUGCAGUGCCUUGCUCAAGUAAUGGAACCUGCGUGGACUUGUGGACCUCGUACCGAUGUGAUUGCUUCCGGCCCUUCUACGGUGCAGACUGUUCCUUGGAGUACACAUCCGUGACGUUCGGCUUUGAAGACAACAGGAGCCUCUCCUCCUUCACCGUCAACAGCAGACACGGCUCUGAAUUUGUUGUCUCUUUUUUCCUUCGGACACGGAAGACGGAAGGUUUGAUAUUCCAGCUGUGGAACGAUACCCAUGCAUAUUUCACAAUAUAUUUGAAACAGGGCCGAGUCUGUGUCCAGACCUUGUCCAAACUUGAAGCCAUAUUUCCUAUCUAUAUUGCCAAGGGUGAGAAAGAGCUGAUUGACGUGCAUUUCUCCAACGGUGAGGUUGAGUUCAGCCAUUUCGACUGGAAGUACAAGUCGACUCGCCUGCCCACUGUCUCACUGGAGGCAGGUGAUGUGGUGUACAUCGGGGGCCACAAGGAAGAAGACUACACAAGAGAAUGGGGCGGUUAUCUCAAAGGAUGUCUUCAGGAUCUGCAGCUUGACAGGAAGCGUGUGGAUUUCUUCUCGGAGCAGUCAAGUAACGCAAGUGCGGCCUGGUACGGUGAGAAGAUCCUGGUCAACGUAAGCGAGGGAUGCCUCAGUGAUGACACUUGCUCGCCCAACCCCUGUGACAAUGGAGGAAGAUGCAACAUAACCUGGAACGACUUUGUGUGCUCCUGCUCUACCAACUUCACGGGGCCCACGUGCCAAACGAGAGUCUGGUGUUCCAGUGAGCCCUGCCCCCUGCACACCGUGUGUGUCGACGUUCCCGGCGGAUUUGAAUGUAUCUCAAACGCUACCUUUCGGAAUAACACUGUUCAGUAUGCUGCCAACGGAUCACUUCAGCGGCCAGUCACCUCGGUGUCAUUUCACAUUCGGACGCGGGAUGAAGAUGCCGUUCUCCUGUGGGCCGCCAGUGGAGGCGAGUUGUUUUGCAUCACCCUGCACGACUCCACGUUGCAUGUGAAGCUGCGGGCCGGGAGUAGUGUGGACGAUCUGUCCAGCGACGUCACUAUCACCGAUGGCACCUGGCAUCACGUCGCUGUCACCCUGAAGGAACAGUCCUCAGGCCGCUUCAGGUGGAUAAUCUCGGUCGAUGGAAAGGACAACUCAACCGUUACCUCCUCCCAGCUAAACUUCCUAAACAGGUCCACCAUCACGCUGGCGGAGGACUUUGAGGGCUGCUUCGGAGAAGUCAGGGUGGCUGGCAUCGCCCUUCCUUUUGUGGAAGGGCCCACAGCCCCGCAAGAGGAGAAAUUUGUCAAAAUCAGCAAAGGAGAAAUUCAAAUAGGCUGCCGAGGCUCUCUGGUCUGCUCCUCCAACCCCUGCCACAAUGGCGGAGAGUGCGCAGAUCUGUUCGACUUGUUCGAGUGCCGGUGCCCUCCUGGCUGGGCAGGCCAGUACUGUGAGGACAAUAUCGAUGAUUGCCUGUCUAAUCCUUGUAUCCAUGGUACUUGCAUCGACUUACCCGAUGGCUACCAGUGUGAAUGUUCCACGGGCUACGCCGGGCAGAACUGCAGUGAGGACAUCGAUGACUGCAUGAACCACCAAUGCCACAGCGGAGGAACCUGCAAGGAUGCGAUCAACUCUUACCAGUGCGACUGCCCACCUCAGUUCUCGGGGGUCUUUUGCGAGUUACCUUACCCUCCUCAGCGCUGUGGGAAGGAGCUCUGGUGUGAGAACAAUGGCAACUGCGUGGAUGAGCGCUGGGGAGCCCACUGCAUCUGCCUGUCUGGUUACACGGGACAAAGAUGUGAAACGUACCUGAGGAACUGUGACUCCAACCCCUGCCAUAAUGGAGGGACUUGUCGUGAUCUUGUCGAGAAGUACGAGUGCCUCUGUGGAGCCAACUUUGUGGGCCAGCACUGUGAAACUGAUAAACAGGAGCAGACAGACAGAAUCCCCCAGAUCGUCAUCGCUGUCCCAGUGGCCUGCGGCUGCCUGCUGCUCCUGAUCAUCGGCCUCAUCUUCAUGGUGCUCACCGCACGGAAGAAACGACAGUCAGAAGGAACGUACAGCCCGAGCCAACAGGAGGUGGCCGGCGCCCGCCUGGAGAUGGACCGUGUCCUCAAAGUGCCACCAGAGGAGCGCUUGAUAUGACCGGGGGGGCGGGGGGAGCUCACAGAAGGGCACUGCAUUUGAUCAGCCGAGAUGUGAUGCCCCACGAGGGACGGGUGCUGAUGCCACGUGGCAGAUAUUCCCGGGACACAAAGCCCGGUGACAGGCCGGCUAGUGACGGCUUCCUCUAAUUUAUUGGACCUCGGAUUCUUGUGCACUGUUGGCGAUGUCAUUCAAUCAAAGUGCCUGGCUUACAGAUUCCAAGACCUCGUCACUUUCCUAUUCGACGGGACACUUUGUGAGAACUCGACUUUUUAAUUUUUUUAAUUUUUUGUAAAUUUCUUAAUGUUGUGAAGUUAUUUAUUCUUAUUUUAGAUAUCCUCAUAGGUUGUUUUGUAUUUCUGCCUGUCGCAUUUUAAAGGAGUGGCACUGGAGAAAUAAGCUCCGCCCCCAACUCAACUAUAAGAAAUAAACUCCACCCACUUCAACCCAGACACACACCCCCAGCUCUUAACCAAUCAGACAAAUGCCCCAGAACUGUGGCUGUGCAGGUGGGAGUCCAGAGUUGGGGGUCCCUAAGAGACGCUACUGAUGUCCAGAGUUGGGGGUCCAUAAGAGACGCUACUGAUGUCUGGAUUGGGGGUCCCUAAGCGAUGCUACUGAUGUCCUUUACUAUCCAAUGUGCAAAUCUACUGCCGCAGCUUGUAGGUCCACGUGCGGCUCGGACUGAUGUUGAUGAGGCCCACGUGGGACCUUCUGAUUUGUAAGACUGUCUGAACAGCCCAGGGUGGGCUUCACAGCAGCGGCCUGCGAGCUCCUCCAGGACUGUGCCCAGUCACUCAAUAACAGCAAGGAGAGCAACUGGUGUGUUGUGCCAGUGUGCCACAUCGACGCUCAUCUCCAUCAUCUGGAUGCCACACUGGACUCCUCAACCUGGAAUUAACUGGAAAGUUGGCUCAUCUCAAGAAGGACUAAAAUGUGAAUUAAAACAAAAA